AUGAAGGGCACGUACGACACCGACGUCGUCAUGGACGACGGCACCGUGAUCCGGACCACCGUCACGUCCUCCGGCGACGCCGUCGAGGCCUUCCUCCGUGAGGUCGUCGGCAGCCGGCACGGCCAGCAGCUCCUGGUCGGCAUCGACACCGAGUGGCGCGUCGUCGCCCCGGAGGGCGGCCGCGGCCGCCCCAGGAACCGGAUGGCCGUCCUGCAGCUCUGCGUGGGCCGCCGCGGCCUCGUCUUCCAGAUCUUCCACGCCGACCGCGUCCCGGUCGCCCUCGGGGACUUCCUCGCCUGCCCCGGCCACCGCUUCCUCGGCGUGGCGGUCGACGGCGACGUAAGGCGGCUGGCCGAGGACUGCGGCCUCGUGGUCGCCAACGCGGUGGAGCUGAGGCGCGUCGCGGCGGAGGCGCUCGGCCGGCCCGAGCUCCGCGACGCCGGGCUCAAGGCCCUGACGCGCGAGGUGACGGGCGCCCACAUCGACAAGCCGAAGCGGCUGACGAUGAGCAAGUGGGACGAGCGCCGCCUGACGGCGGAGCAGGUCCGGUACGCCUGCAUCGACGCGUUCGUGUGCUACGAGAUCGGCCGGCUGCUGCUCACCGGCGAGUGCGCGGAAGGUGCCGCGGCGAACGGCGGCGCGACGAUGAUCCCGCCACCACCGAUUGUUGCCUCCUCCGCGGUUCCGGUGGCCUGA